AUGGCUACCGCAAAUGACUGUAACAUGAAUAUCGCCUGUAUACUAAGCGUUUCGGCAUUGGGAUUCACAUUACAUCAUGCAUGGAAAUUCGAUAGAUGUAGAUGUCUAUUACCCAAGAGAAAAGAAUGGUUUAGGGUGUUACUCACCUGGAUGUUGAUUGGAUCUACGGUGAUGAUUAUAGGUUGGGCAGUAGGAUGGACUCUGAUCAAAUAUCAUCUGGGAUGGACGACGAUACCGCCGUAUGGAGCUAUGCCAUUCCCUCCAGCAAUGUAUGAGCAAAAAUAUAGAGAUCUUAACUUACCUUAUACUAUCAUCUUCAACCUGGCAUUCUCCAUUCAAGCAUCUUUAAACGCCGAAGAAGGUCUAUACUGGUAUCAUCUUAUCCGAGCUGUCCGACAGCCUAAAUCUGCAAGAUCAUGGUUAACAUCUUCCUUCUUCUACGCUUGGAUCAUCAUCUCCAUCAUUUGCACGGUUUGUCAAUCGGGUUUGGGGUGGAUCCAUUCAGGUGAAUUGGAUCUGGAUAUGCAGAUGUCGAGGAUCAUGACCGUACAUGGUUGUGUGGAAUUUGCAGUGGUGCUUUCAUCUUCGGUUGUCAUUUGGAAAUUCCCAGCGUUCCUUGCAGAUGUAAAAGCUUCAGGUGCUGGACCAGAUGUUCGAUCAAGGUUACAUUUCUAUCAUGAGGCCAACAAGAUUCGAAAUUUCUUCCGGGCUGUAUUCGCCAUUUGUAUGAUGAUUCUCGGUAUUGACGGGUUGACAGAUGCCAAGAGAGUCCAUUUCAACAAUCUGGCUUCUGACCUCCUGACUCAUAUCAUCUUCGGAUCCUUCUUCUUCGUCCUGAUAAUCUCGACUUUACUGUAUCUACCAAGAAGUUGGACACCAGACAACGAAACGUUCAGAAACCAAGUGAUGGUCGGUAAUCCCGAUGCGCAGAUGAGAGGCGCCAUUGAAGGUGGUAAUUUAGCCAGUGGGAUCGCAUUGAUGUCAUUACUCCGAGAAGGGGGUCAAUGGGAUAACGAUGAUGAUCUGAGAGGAACCAACAGAUUAUCCAGAGUCAACGAGAAUCCAGAUCAACCUCGUUUUGGCCAUCUCGAGGUACCCCUACCUGAUUCUGGUGUUCGUGAUGAAUGGAGGAAUAACGCUUUGCAGAAAAAGGGAAGUUGGGAUUCCGAAGGCUCAGAGCUGGGUAUGCCAAUGGCUUUGGAGAAUUUCACUUCACCCAUAGCUAUCCAUUCUGCAGAGUCUGUUUCGCCGAGCGAGAUCAAGAUCCGUAUCGAGCAGGAAGUGACGAGAGAUGACAUGGUGUAG